CGGCAAAGCAUCGUGGGGUCUUCUCGCUUGUGAAAGUCUGCCAUCGCAUUAGAUACUCAAACCCCGCUGCCAAGCUACGGUCCACCCCACCAAAGGCUACACACCCAACAACCUUCCGCCCACCCUCCCUCGCCAUACUCACGCACACGCUUUCCUUCCCUACUGCAAAUUCAAUUGCCAACCCGUACACUGCAAGACAACAUGGUUCAGACUUUCGACAUCGUGGUGUUUGAGGGUGACCACUGCGGUCCCGAGGUCAUCGCGGAGGCCAUCAAGACUCUCAAUGUCAUCGCUGCCAACAGCCCCGACGUAGCCUUCAACUUCAACUACCAGCUCAUUGGAGGCUGCUCCAUCGACGCUCACAACACGGCCCUAACCGACUCCGCGCUCGCGGCGGCACAAUCCGCAGACGCUGUCCUUCUCGGCGCGGUCGGUGGUCCCAAAUGGGGCACAGGCGCCGUGCGCCCCGAACAGGGCCUCCUCCGCAUCCGCAAGGAAAUGGGCACGUUCGGAAACCUGCGACCGUGCAACUUCGCGUCCGAGUCGUUGAUCGCGUACUCGCCGCUCAAGGAUUCGGUGUGCCGCGGCGUGGACUUCAACAUCAUCCGCGAGCUGACGGGCGGAAUCUACUUUGGGGACCGGAUCGAAGAUGACGGCAGCGGCUACGCGAUGGAUACCGAGCCGUACAGCCGCGCCGAGAUCGAGCGGAUCGUGCGCCUGGCGGGCCAUCUGGCCAUGGCGGAGAACCCCCCGCUGCCGCUCACGUCGCUCGAUAAGGCGAAUGUGCUUGCCACGUCGAGACUGUGGCGCAAGACCGUCGACCACGUCAUGACCACCGAGUUCCCGACCGUCAAGUACCAGCACCAGCUGAUCGACUCGGCGGCCAUGCUGAUGGUCAAGAACCCGCGCGCGCUCAACGGCAUCGUCGUGACCAGCAACCUGUUCGGCGACAUCAUCAGCGACGAGGCGAGCGUGAUCCCCGGCUCGCUCGGCCUGCUGCCGUCAGCGUCGCUGUCGGGAAUUCCCGACGGGAAGACAAAGGUCAACGGUAUCUACGAGCCCAUCCAUGGCUCCGCGCCCGAUAUUGCCGGCAAGGGCAUCGUCAACCCCGUCGCCGCCAUCCUGAGUGUCGCCAUGAUGCUGCGGUACAGUCUGAACUUGCCGACGCAGGCGAAGGCGGUCGAGGAUGCGGUCAGGAAGGUGCUGGAUGGCGGGCUGAGGACGGCGGAUCUGCAGGGUAGCGCGAGCACCAGUGAGAUGGGUGAUGCCUGUGCGAAGGCUUUGGAGGAGAUUUUGAAGGCGUAGGUGGGCGGAAUCAUUUGCAGAAUCAAAUAGGCGAUUGUGAUCUUAAAAAACGGGUUGGCAUUUCACUUCACUUCACGUGCUCUCACUCAUUCAGUAGAGU